GCGACAUGCUUGGAUGAACUACACUGUCUAUAAUUGAAUGCACAAAGCAGUUAUGCCCUCAGCUCACCCACAACAUUCAACAUUCAUGUUCGAAAAAGUGUAAUUCCAUGAAAAAACGGGCAACAUUUGAUUGCCGAGAAGCUACGUCAGAACGGCGCAAUCCAAGCAACCGCUUAUCAGUCUCGUUACAAUGCUGUCAGUGUUCACACCUUCGCGCAUCGCAGUAGUCCGAUAAGUGACGGCUUUAACAGCAAUGAGGACGUCAGGCGCUGUUCUUUCUGCAAGAAUACUCAAGCUGUUUGUUUUGCUGUGUCUGUUGGGGAUAACAUUUUUCUACUAUGGUUACUACGAUGCAAUCAAUGGGGUACGCGAGCACACAUCGACCAUCGUGGGUUCGGUUCAUCAAAAGUGGGUGCGCUAUCUACAGAUGAACGAUGUGGAUUGGUCCGAGAAUGGUCUACUCAACGAAAGCGGGACGGUGUCCCCAGGAGACAUGGGUGUUCCGGUGAUAUUAGGGACGAACCUCUCCGAGGAUGUUCGUCGACAGAGGGAUGAAGGAUGGGCCAGGCAAGGUCUCAAUCAGUAUGCUUCAGAUUUGGUUUCGGUGUUCAGAAGACUUCCAGAUGUUCGUGCCAAUUGGUGUCAGGAGCCCGGACGGUUUUUGUCGAGCUUACCUCCCACUUCGGUGGUUAUCGUGUUCUACAAUGAAGCAUGGUCCGUCUUGGUGCGUACGGUACAUUCGGUACUGAAUCGAUCCCCACCGGAACUGAUCGAGGAGAUUAUACUGGUGGACGAUUGUUCAACGCUAGCACAUCUGAAGACACAGUUGGACGAUUAUUUUCGUCCGUACGCAAAGGUUCGGAUACUCAGAGCUGCCGAAAGGCAAGGUUUGAUUCGGGCGAGAAUUCUAGGGGCAAAACACGCCAGAGCAGCCAUCCUCACCUUCCUUGAUGCUCAUUGUGAAGUAAUGUUCGGCUGGCUGGAGGCUCAGCUCGAUCGAGUAGCUCGUGAUCCCAGAACAAUUGCCACUCCAUCGAUCGAUUGGAUUCACGAAGACACAAUGGCAUUGAACGCCCAAAGCUCUCAGCUGUACUUCGGCUCAUUCGAUUGGACGCUAAAUUUCCAAUGGAAAUCAAGAUCUGAAAAACGUCACAAAGUUGAGAACCCAUACGAACCGUUCGAUACGCCCGUAAUGGCGGGCGGUUUGUUUACCAUCAACAAAACAUUUUUUGCUCAUUUGGGUUGGUACGACGAGGGUUUCCAGACGUACGGAGCAGAGAAUAUGGAGCUGUCCUUCAAGGCGUGGAUGUGCGGUGGAUCUAUGCAGAUCGUUCCCUGUUCCCGGGUUGGUCACAUUCAGAAGAGAGGUCAUCCUUAUUUAGCGCAUUCCCCGGGAGGAUAUGGUGCGAUCACUCGGAACACAAUUCGACUAGCGGAAGUGUGGUUAGAUGAAUACGCACAGUACUAUUAUGAAUCAUUUGGAGGUCCCGGACGUCGUGGAGAUUUCGGGGAUGUCAGUUCUCGAAAGAAGCUAAGGGAGAGCCUAGACUGCCACUCAUUUCGAUGGUAUCUACACAAUGUCUUCCCGGAACAGUUCGAUCCGGAGAAGGCCGUCGGACGAGGAGAGUUUCGAAACGGGAAGGAGAACCUCUGCUUGGAAUGGCCACCAGCGUUGAAUACUCAUGGGAUAGCUAAAUGUCGAGGGAUGGGGGGUCACCAGUUGUGGUACUUCACCUCGGAGGGGGAGAUCACCCGAGAGGAUCACUGCAUGGACUUCAACGGAAAGAAAUUGGAAAUGAUCCGUUGCCACAAGAUGAAGGGCCACCAGCUGUGGGUCUAUGAGGAGCAGAGUAAGCAAUUUAGGCAUGUUCAUUACAACCGGUGCCUCGAGUGGAGCGGACAUGGGCUUCAGAUGAGUGAUUGUGUAGUAGAGGAGAGCAAACAGAAAUGGAUAUUGCAACAUUACAACGCUAGCAAUCUAAGACAAUCGUGAUCACAUGUACUAAUUUUAAUAUAUCUUCCACUAUUAAUUAUUGUUUUCUCGCAGUAAGGAUCUCAACCCACAACGUAUGAUUU